AUGCCUCCUCCCAUGGACGACCAUGAAGAUUUGCGAAGGUAUCAGGCGCCCUACAGUGCCCGCAGACCCGUCCCUACCAUCUCUAGAUAUCGGGAAGAAAAAGCUGCUAGACAGGCCGAGUCACUGAAAACGGAUCCGCACGAUGACGCGACGCUCGCACAACCCGAUGCUGGCCAGCAAGCCGGUGGAAACGGGCCAGAUUCUUCAGAAACUCGUGCUGAGGAACGGCCGAGCGACUGCGGGGCCCAAGAUGAUGAUGUUGAUGAUGAUGAUGAUGUGCACGGCCGUGGAGAAGAAACGGCUGCUGCGCCACCGGAAGCCUUUGAGGACACCUCGCAGGUUGAUCCCACGUCAACCGACAUCAAACAGAGACGCAGGGAUCUCAAGGCUAGGAAGAAAGAAAGAGCCGAGCGGCUAGUCACGGAUCCCGUCACACACCUGCCCGUGACUAUUCAAGACUACACGGACGAGGCUCUGAAAGAAACCGUCUUUUCACAUCCCGCCUUCAAGGCCGACAAGCGAACAGCUGCCGCGACGAGCAUCAGGCAACAUGCAGACGACAACGCCGAGGCGUGGCGACCAUCAACAGCCGAGGCCACACCUUUGGACUUGCCGGCGUCGCGCUCGUGGGCCGGCGUGCGGCAGUACACCGGGCGCAAAAUCGGCAGCAUCUUCCAGGACGAGAUCUGGGAUGCCCACCGCCGGCAGCUGGCCAAGGACGCCGGUGGCCGCAAGACGGAAACCACCAUUUGGCUCAACUCGCUUCUGGGGGCGGUGUGGCCGCUGGUCAACCCGGAUCUCUUUGCAAGCCUGUCAGACACCCUGGAAGACGUGAUGCAAGCCUCUCUCCCAAAGCUGGUCCGCAUGGUCAGCGUCGAGGACAUUGGCCAGGGAAGCGAGCCCGUCCGCAUCCUCGGCAUCCAGUGGCUGCCCACUGCUGCCGCAAGCAAGUCCGUCACCGCAGACGGGAAGCUCAUGUCUCGCAAGGACCCCGCGUCUUUGGCCAAAACGCCAACGUCGGCGACGACGACGACGACGACGACGACGACGCCGCCGCCGCCCGGAGACGGAGACUCUGCCAGCGUCUCGAAACUGGACCGAGUCGUCGAGGGAAUGGAAGGCGAGGAGGGCGAUUUCGUCAACAUGGAGGUGGCGUUUGCCUAUCGGGCCCGUUCGAGCUCGCGAAGCCUCAGGGACAGGACAAAGGACAUGCACCUCUACCUGGCCUUUUACCUGCCCGGGAAUAUCAAGAUCCCGGUCUGGGUCGAUCUCCUGGGCAUCAUCGGCACCGUGAGGAUGCGGCUGCAGCUCUGCCCGGACCCUCCGUUCUUCUCGCUGUGCACCGCGAGCUUCAUGGGGCAGCCCAAGGUCGACGUGCGGUGCGUGUCUCUGAGCCGCCGCGGCCUCAACAUCAUGGACCUCCCCCUGAUCAGCAACUUUGUGCAGAGCGCCAUCGACGCCGCCGUGGCCGAGUACGUGGCGCCAAAGAGCCUGACCCUGGACUUGAAGGACAUGCUGGCCGGCGACGACUUCAAAAAGGACACGGUCUCGGUCGGCGCCCUGAUGGUGCGCAUCAAGCGGGGCUACGACUUCAAGAUGGGCGACAGCGCCAUACCCCUGCUCAGGAGCGGCAGCUCCGACCCGUACGUGUCGGUCGGGUGGGCCAAGUUCGGCAAGGUGCUCUGGAGCACGCGCAUCCUCAGGACGGAGAUGGAGCCCUGCUGGGACGAGACGUGCUUUGUCCUCGUCACCCCGGAAGAGGUCAACGUCGACGAGCGGCUGCGCAUCCAGCUGUGGGACUCGGACCGCUUCACCGCCGACGACGACCUGGGGCGGAUCGAGGUCGGCCUCGAGGAGCUGAUGCGAAGCAAAGAGUCCAGGGGUCGCAUGCGGGAUCGGACCGACGGGUUCCGGGCCCUCAAGGCGGGCGACGGCAUGCCGGGAACGCUCGAGUGGGCCGUGGGCUACUUCCCCAAGACGCGCAUCCAGCAGUGUCAGUUUGACCGGCAGACCCACGAUCCCAAGGUUCGAUCCAUGGACCAGCUCAAGAACAAGGUGGACGAGGCGUGCGAGCGGAAGCUGCGCGAGUUCAUGGUCAAGGGAGACGUCAAGGCUCGCGACGAAGAGGAGCUGCAGCAGCAGAUCAUCCAGGAGAUGAAGGCCGAAACGGACGCCAUGAUCAUCUCGGCGCCGCCGCCCGACGACUACCCGAGCGGCCUGCUCAGCAUCCAGAUCCACAACGUGACCGGGCUCGGGGUGGAGCGCCUGAACAAGCGGCAGCAGGACGACGGGUACGACGACGAGGAGAGCGACGAGGAGGAGCAGGGCGACGGGCUCCCCAGCUCGUACUGCACCGUCAUCGUCAACCACAGCAAGACGUUCAGGACGAGGACAAAGCCGCAAAACUCGAAGCCCUUUUUCAACGCGGGAUGCGAGCGCUUCGUCCGCGACUGGAGGGAAUGCGAGGUUUUCGUGUCCGUCCGCGACGCCAGGCUCCACGAGGACGACCCGUUGCUCGGCAUCGUGCACCUGGCCCUGGCCGACGUGUUCAGGGACAGGUCCCAGGUCAUGGGGUUUUACCCCCUGAGCGGCGGCAUCGGCCGCGGCAGGAUCCGGCUGUCGCUGGUAUGGCGCAGCGUGAGGCUGCGAGCUCCCCGGAACCUGCUAGGCUGGCAGUACGGCACGGUGGACGUGCACCCCACCGCCGUCAGCCCGGACUGCCCGAGCGAGCUGCAGUCCUGCAAGCUGAAGCUCAAGACCGACAUUUGCGUGGGCAAGCUGUACCCGGCGCACCCCGGGGGCGGGGGGGAAUGGACGGCCAAAAAGGAGCAGAGUCUUCACCUGGCCGUCAAGAAGCGAUACAGCAGCUGCCUGGCCAUUGAGUUUCGCGACAAGGGGCUGCUGGGCGGAAAAGUAGCCGCCUUUUGCGUCUUUUGGCUGAUGAACAUUGGCGACGAGGAAGAGCAGCACCUGCAGCUGCCGAUCUGGAGGGGAAACUACCAGAAGGCCACCGCCAACUGCACCGACGCGUGCGGCGAGAGAGUCGGCACGCUCCAGGUCAGGGUUACGUUUUGGGCAGGCAUGGGACGCGCGCACUCGAGAUGGGCGAGCCGGAACCCACACACCAGGGACGUGGUUGAAGUGAUUGACGCAUGCAGAGAUGCGCUGGGCCAGGUCGACAAGGAGGCGGGAACCGUGGACGAAGAGGCAUCCAGCGACAGCGACAGCUCGGACGAGGGGCAAGACGUUCCCGACGGCAGCGCGGGUCACCAGCAGAACCUUCUCGAUCAGCUUCGCGACUACAAGAAGAGGGACAAGGCGCUGCACAGGCAGCAUCGAGGUCUGAUGCAAUGGAAGAUUCCGCGCACGGCGAGAUGGAUGAAGCACAGGAUUGGAAAGGUGGAGGAGAGCGUGAGUGGUUAUUUUGACCAUCAUAACAAGCAGCCGGGCAUCGAGACGGAAGUGUGA